AUGCAGGAGCACGAAGUAAUGACGUGGCAGGCUUGGACAGUGCUGGGGAUGAUACUGGUGAGCUUGGUCCUGCUGUUCCUGGAGUAUGGCUCUCCCGAGCAGAUCAUGCUGGGUGCUUUAGUCGUUCUUUGGAAUCUGGGCAUUGUCUCGACAGUGGACGCAUUGGAUGGCUUCUCAAACACUGGGCUUGUUUCCAUUGGCGCGCUCUUUAUUGUGAUGCAGGCAGUGGACAAGUCAAGGGUGGUAGAUUAUGCUGCUCGUCGACUUUUGGGGGCGCAGAUUCGAGACAGAGUAGUGUUGAUUCGGAUAUGUUUUCUCGUCUUCGCCCUGUCCGGAUUUUGCAACAACACUCCACUGGUCGUUCUGUUCAUGCCUAUUGUCCGAGACUGGGCAAGAACACAUCAGAGAGCGCCAUCCACUUUCCUCAUCCCUCUCAGCUACUCAGCAAUUAUGGGUGGGAUGCUCACCACAAUAGGAACCAGCACGAACUUGCUGGUGAACGGACUGCUGGAGAAGGAAGGCUACAAGCCCUUUGGGUUCUUUGAACCAGGAAUUGUUUCUUUGCCCAUGGGCAUCCUGAGCUUUAUCAUCAUUAUUGCUCUUGGUCCGCUUGUUCUGCCCGACAACAAGGGUGGCUUGUUCCGAGAGGUUCGAGAACAUGGUGACAACUUGGUCACUGCCCUUGAUAUUGCAGAGGACUCACCCUGGGUGGGGCGACCGGCAGUUGAUGUUCUCAUCUCCAUGGGACUACCACCCAGCAGCUUGCUAAAGAUCCGCCGUCGAAUGCCCUCUGAGAACAAAUCCCCACUGCAUUUGACUGUUGGGUCUGCCCAGCCUCGGGAGUUGAUUCUUCCUCCAAGUGAAGCUUCCACCAGCGAUGAAUUGGAGCACAGCUUCCAGGUUCGUUUCCUGAACCUAGACAUUGAGGCGACAUGCGAAGGAGAUCCUGACAUCAUGGAAGUGCAGCCUGUGCGUAACACGGAAGCCGCGCAGGCCGGUGACUUGCUCUUGCUCUCCUUGCCGAGGGACCGAGUGGUCGAAGUGAUGUCCAAGCAGGAACGUGGAAUACGCGUGCGCAGUAUGCACGCCAGCCAGGCUGUAUCUGGACAGUCUGAAUUCGUGGAGUUGGUCCUAAGUGCCAGUUCUCCUUUGCUUGGCCAGCCAAUUUGCAAUGCUGCACAAAUUGUCAGCGAUGCUUACAAUGCGGGCCUGAUUGCUGUCAGAUCUCGAUACUGGGGUACGACUUUCACAACCAACGAGAAGCCAGAUGACUCUCUCGCAGACAGCCCUUUCCGCCGAAAAUCCUCGGCUACCUUCAUGGCUGGCGAUGUGAUACUUGUUCUGGCUGGAACAGAAAGCUCCUAUCCCAAUUCUCAUUUCCUCCUUGUCACGCGGCUGGGUUCCUUGCCGAAGCCCACCAGCUGGUAUGACUUGAUCCCCCUUGUCGUCUUUGUUCCAGCGCUAGUACUGACGUCGCUGGAUAUGAUCACCAUGGUGCAACUCUCGGUGACCUUAUCAUGUGUUUUCAUUUUGGGAGGUUGGAUCAAAGCUGGAGACAUCAGAACUAUAGUGGACUGGCAGCUGCUCAUCCUCAUCGGUUCAGCUUUGGGCGUUGCACAGGCCAUGGCUAAAUCCGGCCUCGCGGCAGGCAUCUCCAGGGGCAUCAUCGCUACAGGAUUGCCAAACUGGCUGGCGCCUUCGCUCCUGUACUUGAUCGUGAUGGUGACGACAGAGAUGGUAACAAACAACGCCGCUGCAGCACUGGGUGUCCCUCUAGCCGUUGACCUCGCAGAGAAGAUGGGCUUGUCAUCUCCUCACCCCUUGGUCAUGGUCGUGAUGAUUGCUGCAUCCACUUCGUUUGCCAGCCCAAUCGGAUAUGCGACAAAUCUGAUAGUCAUGGGCCCCGGAGGUUACUCCUUUCUGGAUUUCUUGAGGUUGGGGAGUUUGUUGGAUUUGUUCUGGCUGGUCGGGGUCAGCUGUCUCCUGCCAUGGCUGUGGCCCAUGAGCUGA